ACCUGGGACACUGGAAGAGGCACACGAGGUGGAAAAAGGACGGGUGCCUAGCGCCACCGCCUCUCCCGAGGGCGCAUACUGACCAGGAUGUCAGACAAGCUCAAGGAACGCAGAAGAACCCCUGUUUCUCAUAAAGUGAUAGAAAAGCGGAGGAGGGACCGAAUCAACCGUUGCUUGAAUGAGCUGGGCAAGACCGUGCCCAUGGCCCUGGCAAAGCAGAGUUCCGGGAAGCUGGAGAAGGCGGAGAUCCUGGAGAUGACUGUUCAAUACCUGAGAGCUCUACACUCUGCUGAUUUUCCCCGGGGAAGGGAAAAAGCAGAACUUCUAACGGAGUUUGCAAACUACUUCCACUAUGGCUACCAUGAGUGCAUGAAGAACCUGGUGCAUUACCUCACCACGGUGGAGCGGAUGGAGACCAAAGACACCAAGUACGCGCGCAUCCUGGCCUUUUUGCAGUCCAAGGCCCGCCUGGGCGCGGAGCCGGCCUUCCCGCCGCUGAGUUCGCUCCCGGAGCCGGAUUUCUCCUACCAACUGCACCCUGCGGGGCCUGAGUUAGCAGGCCACAGCCCGGGAGAGGCCACUGUGUUCCCACAGGGCGCUGCCCCGGGGCCUUUCCCCUGGCCACAUGGCGCUGCUCGCAGCCCGGCGCUGCCUUACCUGCCCAGCGCACCGGUGCCGCUCCCAAGCCCAGCGCAGCAGCACAGCCCUUUCCUAACACCGGUGCAGGGCCUCGACCGGCAUUACCUCAACCUGAUAGGCCAUGCCCACCCCAACGCCCUUAACCUGCACACGCCCCAGCACCCCCCGGUGCUCUGACACCCCUCCCCCCCACCCCCGGCUAGUUUAUUCUUCGCUU